UUCGCGUGUAGCCUUCGUUUCAGUUGGCAACGGCCCACACGCUGUAACGGACGUGUUUUCUCUGACAAAAAAUCAUCUGAAAGAUCUGUUUUUGAAGAACGAUUUGGGACGUUUUGAAUUUUUUGAGAAUAAUAUUUGGAAUUUUGAGUGCUUGUGCCCGUGCGAGUCUGCCAGUGCCCAGUGUCCACUGCCCACUGCCCAGUGCCGUGCUGUAAGUGUGUUUUUUUUGAGUUAUCGCGAUUGCGGCUAAGUGCAAUUAGUGCCACAAAAUUUAGUGCAAUGAAUUGGGAAAUUGUGUGCUCUAGCCAGGCGAAUCAUUAGCAAAUGAAUUAUAUCAGAAGACUCAUCAAAUUCGAUUGAAAUUCACUUGUGUGUGUGUGUGUUUUGAGAGUAAGAGUUUCGGCUCCAUUCCAAGAUUUCCCAGCAAAAGCCGGACAAUCUGCGGCCAGUCACAGAUUUGGAAUCGCUGGAAAAGUGAGGAAUCAGCAGACCCGUGGGGUAGGACUCAAUCCUACUGAAAAUGAAAUAAGCUGCAGCGGUGCAAACAAAGCCGUCAGCAAAGCGCCGUCUAAGCCACAACAACAGUCGGCAAACGCGGAAAAUACUGCAAAAAGUAGCACAAACAUUCAGCAGAAACAGGAGCAAGAACAUCACUAGCAACAGCUGCAGCAAAAGUAACAUAAAAGUCAGAGAAACAACAGAAAGGGGAACAGAAAGGAGUCGCCAGGAUUGCUUUCUUGUACUUUGGACACACGUGCGCCGCGGCUGCGCCGGUGCCCGUGAACGUGCCCGUGUCUCUGGGAGGUCCUGGUCCUGGUCCUGGUUCCAUCUCGGUGACAUUGCCACCCUCAACCAUGAAGCUGUCAAAGCUGUCCAACCAGACGAAUUCCCAGGAUCCGCAGGCGGUAAACUCGCGCAUCUUUGUGGGCAAUUUGAAUACCUUCCAAUGCUCCAAAACGGAUGUGGAACGCAUGUUCCAGAUCUAUGGCCGACUGGCGGGCAUAUCCAUGCAUAAGGGCUAUGCCUUUGUGCAGUUCACCAACCCCUUUGAUGCCCGCAAUGCCUGCCACGGCGAGGAUGGCAAGACGGUCCUCAGCCAGACCCUAGAUGUGAACAUGGUGGCCGAACCGAAGGCACACCAGAUCGGAAGGAAGCGACAGAAUGUGAGCAAGACGGGAAACGAUUGGGACUACUUCUACGACAGCUACUGCUCCUCAACCCUGCUGCGGGGCGGUGGCGGCGGAGGCGGCGGAGGCUCCAAUGGAGUGCGUGCAAAGAAGCGGAAGCGCCUGAUGACCAAUGGAAACGGCCUGGCCGUGGCCGUGCAACAGCAGCAGCAGCAGCAUGGGCAGCACCAUCAUAGUGCAGCCGCGGUGGCCGCUGCUGCGGCGGCAGCCGUCCACCACCAGCACCAGCAACAGCAGCAGCAGGCGCAGCAAGUGCAGCAGCAGCAGCAACAGCAGCACCAUCAUCAGCAGCAGGUGGCUGCCGUUGCCAUGGCGGCCAUGGCCAAUUUGUUGCCGCAACAGCAGCUGCUGCUGCAUCAGCAGAGUCUGCUCUCAAAUGCCGCCACCGCGGCGGCAGUGGCCACCACGGCAGCCACAACGGCGGCUCCCGGUGCCCUGCACUGGUCCCAAUACAAACAGGAGCAACAGCAUUCGCAUCCCCACCAGCAUCCCCAUCAGCAUUCGCAUACACAUCCGCACCAGCACCAGCAGCAGCAGCCCCAGCAGUUUGGAUUUCAGCUGAAGAGCAGCGUGGCUGUCCAGGCGACGACAUCGCCGCAAAAUGCAAAGUCAGCAAUAAUUGCUAAUCAAACGGCGCUCGCCGAGCAGUACCCGGGUGGAGUCAACGUCGGCGUUGGAGUCGGUGUUGGGAAUGGGGCCGCAGCCUUUGCCCAUCAGCAGAAUCAUCAACAGCAGCAGCAGCAGCAGCAACAACAAUUGGGAUGUCUGCUGCAGCCAUUGACGCUGGCAUUGUCCCCACAGCAGCCGCAGCCUCAUCAGGCGGCAACGCCGCUUCAGUUGCACAGCCAAUUGAUGCAACAUCAACAGCAGCAGCAACAACAACAGCAGCAACAGCAACAGCAGCAGCAACAGCAGCAGCAGCAGCAACAGCAGCAACAACAAGCACAGGAGCAAUUAAGUUUGCAUCAGCACUGGGGACCUUUCAAAGUGUACAGCAAUCCGGACACAUUAAUCUGCGGCAAUUGCCGGGAAUGCUUCGGCGAGCUGUCUGAGUUAUUGGACCACAAGAAAAGUUAUUGCAAGCUGAGGUUCACAUGCAAGUGCCAGGAUGUUGCCUUUGCGGCCAGUGCAAAAACGCCACCAUCGAGCGCCAAAUUGCUUUGCGCCGUUUGCAAGGAUGCUUUCGCCAAUCCCUGGGAUUUGAUGGUACACGCACAGGCCGCGCACAUGGUUAACAUUUACGAGUUGGGCGAUGAGGCAGCCAAUGCCAAUGCCACCAACAGCGGCGCCACCACGAACAACCACACAGUGAACAAUGCCAGUGCAACAGUGGAGAAUGGUCAUGCAACGAUGGCCGCUGAUGAGGCUGCCACAAAGCAGAUGCCUGCGUCAUCAACACUUAACAAGGAGCCCAAUAACAAUCACAAAAUUAGCAACAAUAAGCACAGUACCAGCAAUGGCCACAUGUCGCCCACAGGCGAGGGCAUUGUUCUGGCCGGAUCGGUAGAGAAUGGAGCUGCCAGCGACACGGAUACAAACUGCUUGGUAGACAUCAAGUUCAGUCCAAGCCCCAGUCCCAAGGAGGACCAGCAGCGUGACGACCUGUCGCUGGACGGCCGGAUGUCCAGCAGCUCGCAGCAGACGCACCACUCGGACGAGAAGCUCCUGAACGGGUCCGUAUCUUCGCGGGGCAGCUCGCCAGGACUCGAGCCCGAUGAGCCGCCGGCCACUCGCGCCUGCAUUGUGCGAACUCUGAGCAUUGAGACUUCUGGCCCCACUACGGCACCAUCGGCGACCACUGCUCUGAGCCUGAUGUCCAAUAGCCUGAGCCUGGCCCUGGCCCCACAAUAGGUCGAUCGGGCAGCAGUAUUCAGAGAGAACUGCCUUUGGAUUGGGGUCUUGUGAGGUGUUUAUCUUUAUCCGAUAUCCGAUAAAAGUGCAAUUCUUCAGUAUUUUUGUAACAGACUAACCGGCGGGAAGAGGACGUUAAUUACAGCAAACAUAUCAUUUUAAAUUAGCUAUAGAUAUACAUAUGUACGUAUGACAUACAGAUAAACCAGAUAUAACUACGGUAGCUAUUACAAUUACAAACAGGUGUACGAGGUAUACGUAUAUUCGUAUGCAAGUGUACGAUACUUGUAAUCGUAUUGGUCUUUUAUGUUUGGGUUGUUCGCAUGUCCUUUGGGUUUAGCGUUUCAAACGAGGAUAUUUGUUGGGGUUUCAGAACUGCAAAAGUGAACGUAUAGGUAAAAUUAUGGAAGGCUUAAGCUGUCAGCGUCUGUCCGCAGAGUGGGGGAUAUGUGUAUAAUGUUACAAUGGGACAAUGUGGCAGAUUAAACGGGAAACGGCAACGAGCUUUGUAUAUAGUUAAACAGCAAUUACAAGGAUACAAACUAAAGAAUCAUAAGAUCAUUGUUAAUGCCCAGGCUUUCGUUUUAAUUUAAUUUUUUUUUUAUAAUCUAUCAAGCAUAAUUAUCGUAGCGAGACAACAAAAUGAAGCCACGCAAAUUGUAUAUCAGAAGUAUAUCAGAAGUAGCAUAGGAACAACAGGUGUUUCAAAAACAAAUUCGGAGAAACUUGUGCGGCAGAGAGCUCUAUUAUAUAGUACUAUAAUCACAUACGCGUAAACUUAAUAACUAUAUAAUCUGUAAUACCCACAAAUAUCAAAAGUAGCGGCUAUGUAAAUAGGAUAAACCUAUACAUUAUGUACUAGCAGGCAACCAAAUUUGUAACUAGUAAAGGUAACAACAUUCAAUUCAAUGUCCUCCAGCUUAAGCAUAUAAACAAGCAAAUGAAAUGUAUUAAACAAAUGGAUAUACCAAAUACAUAUACAUAUAUAUACAUAUACAGAUAAUACACAUA